CUCGCACUCCCCUCCUCCUUUCCACUCCCCCUCCUCCUUCUCAUCACCUCCAUCCUAUGCCGUCUGAAGUGGACGACCGUGAAGUCUCUCCUUCGCCAGGUCGCUCCCGUUCAGGUUCCCCAGCAGGCCCUGAUACUCUCACUUUACGUGCACUUGUAUCUACGAAGGAUGCUGGCGUGAUCAUAGGCAAAGGCGGGAAAAACGUCGCUGAUUUGCGCGAUCAGACUGGCGUCAAGGCUGGCGUCAGCAAGGUCGUGCCGGGCGUGCACGACCGAGUGCUCACCAUUAGCGGCUCCGUCGAUCGUGUAGCUAAGGCGUAUGGUCUCAUUGUCGCCCAGUUGGUCGCGUCCAACCCCACGUCUCCUAUCAGUGCAUCCUCCUCUACCCAUACCUCUUUACGUCUCUUGAUCUCCCACAACCUCAUGGGCACGAUUAUCGGGCGGGGCGGGACGAGAAUCAAGGCAAUUCAAGAUAACUCGGGGGCGCGGAUGGUUGCUUCGAAGGACAUGCUCCCGCAGUCGACCGAAAGAGUCGUGGAGGUUCAUGGAUCCGUCGAAGCCAUAGAACGGGCUGUCGACGAUAUUGGCAAGUCUCUACUCGAAGACUGGGAGCGUGGUCUCGGCACCGUUCUGUUCCACCCAGGGGCUGGAGAUGAACGCUCGGGCAGCAGCAGGCGGUACUCGGAGAACAGAGGCAGCUACGGUGGGAGCCGUCAAUCGAACGGCCGUCCUGGCUCUCCUGGUUCGCCAUCACGACAGGCCCCGUCGUCGCCCCAGCCUACUAACCUCCGCACCCAAAACAUUUCCAUACCAUCCGACAUGGUCGGCUGCAUCAUCGGUCGCGGUGGCUCGAAGAUCACGGAGAUUCGCCGUCUCUCUGGCUCCAAGAUAUCCAUUGCAAAGGCACCUCAUGACGAGACGGGCGAGCGGAUGUUCACUAUCGUCGGCACACCGGAGGCCAAUGAGAAGGCGCUUUUCUUGCUCUACAAUCAGCUCGAAAGUGAAAAGGAGAGGCGGGUAGGAAGGGAGCAACAGCAGGAUAUCGAAUGAAGGACGCCACACCGCCAUCGUUCGUGGCGUAAGUCGUUCCCGUCCUCGACGGACUGAAGUCCGUGUUGGCGAUUUGAUCUGACGGUGCUCAACAUGCUCGACCGUUUCCUUAUCCGUUAUCGUCAUCCGUUAUCCUCGUCUCGUUUUCCGCGCUGUUUUAGCUACGGACAUGAUCGUCCCGAUGAUAUCGUCACAUAUAACUUCCCGCCACGGACAUCAUGUUGACAAGAUAUCACGUACGAUCCCUCGCCCUUCCCCGCUGUUUUUCACCUUGGCCGUAUUGCGCUCCAUGCCAACGUGCGUAUGCGACCACCUCACCUAUAAAAAGUAUGUAUAGAAGAAUCUCCAUAGCGUAUCAUGCUAGCGCUAGUACCUCUUUGGGGCUACAUUAAGUAUGCUUGCUUGCUUUACGCCGACAAGUAAGCCAGGUAAGUGAUAGGGUGGCGGGUGGUAUGGUACGGCAUAAUGGUAACCGAAUCCGAAGUCCGCCAAGUUGCGCAUUUAUGCAAAACCGACUUCGCCCACUCCACUCCACAUGCACGAGCAAGG